AAGUGUUGCUAUGGCUACCAAACACGGGUGUGUGCACGAAGGAAGGACUUGACUCGUCUAACAUUCUCGCUAGCGAGAGAGUGAGACAGGGAGAAUGGCGCACGAGGAGAAGGAAGGGGGUGGUAGUGGGGAGGACAGCACAUUCGAGGCUCUGGAGAGGGAUUUCCAGGAGGUGUUGUCUGAGCUCAUGGGGGACCAGAGUCUGGAAAAGUUUCGCGUCGAGUACGAGAAACUCCACCAGGCCUUGAAUAAAUCGCACGAGAGCGAGAAUAGACUGAUGCAGAAGUGCCGCGAGCUCAAUGCAGAGAUUGUGGCCAACUCGGCCAAGGUCACGACGGCCCUCAAGCUCUCUCAGGAAGACAAGGGAACCAUCAGCUCCCUCAAGCAGGAGAUAGAGAAGCUGUGGAAGAUGGUGGACGCUGCACACGAGAAAGAGUCAAAGGCCAGAGACACCAUAAACCAGCUAAAGUUGGAGAUUGCCAACCUCACCAAGCUGGUGGAGCAAGGAGCUGGACUCGGUGUUGGCCAGGAUACCCUAGUUGAAGACCUGACCAAGGAGAAAGAGGAACUCACCAAGGAAAGAGAUGCUAACCUCAAACAGAUAGUGCAUAUGCGUCAGAAAGUCACAGAGGUCAACGAACGCAUAAGAAAGGCCGAGACGGACAGAGAAACAGCUGAGUCAGCAGUCAUGGCUCUUCGUGACAAUAUCGUGGUCAAGGAGCAGGAGAUUGACAAGGAGACACGGAGAAGAACCAAACUGGAAAAGGAACUAAGACAGUGCCAGGCUGAAUUGAAAGGCAAAUGUGAGGAAGUGGAGGCUAAACAAAACCAACUCCAACGAUCAGAAGAAGAGAUAAAGAAAUACGAGCAACAGCUUAGAGAAGCAAAGACGAAGCAUGACCGAACGCUGGCAGACAACAGUCUCCAGGAGCAGAGGAUCGAGCAACUGGUGGCCAAGAACAAAGACCAGCUGGACCUGAGUGUGGAGCUGGCCGAGAGGAGCAGUCAGAUGGAGAAGGAGUUGACGAGGAGAGAAGACGAGGUCGCCCGACUCAAACAGGAGGUGGUCCGGGGGAACAAGUUGAAGGACAAACUCAACACUAAGCUCCGGGCGGCCGAGGAGAUGAAGGCAGAGCUGGAGAGCAAGAGAGAGGGCCUCAAGCAGCAGAUUGGGUCCCUUGAAAGAGAGGUGGAGAGUCAACGGAGACAGGCAGAGCUGGAUAAGAGAGCAUUUGAGGAUAUACUGAAAGAGAGAGAUGCACUCAACAAGGUCCUGAAAAGGUCGGAGGGUAACAACGAGAAGAUUCAGCACACACUGAAGAUCAGCGAGCAGAAGAUGCAGGGGCUGAAGAUGCAGGUGCAGGGUCUCCAGGAGGAGGUGAGGAAACAGCACCAGCAGCUCCAGAGACUGGAGAUUGAGAAGGAGAGCUACAACAAGGAGGCCAUGAACACGAAACACCGCUGCAUCGAACAGAUGGAAGAGGUGAAGAGGAAAGAGAUGGAACUGUACCAGCUGAAGAAGAAAACAGCAGAGUACGAGAGCAAACUCAAGCAGCAACAUGCACUGUACGAGGCGGUGUGUGCAGACAGAAACAUGUGCAGCAAGAGCCUCAUUGAGUCAAGAGACGAGAUCACAGAGAUGAAACGGAAGCUCAAGAUCAUGUCUCACCAAAUCGACCAGCUGAAGGAAGAGAUAGCUGCCAAAGAGCGAGCACUGGUGAAGAGCAACGCGGACCUGACUCACCUGGAGCAUGAGAAGGAGAGUCUGAGUGCCGAGAUCUCGAGUCGGCGACAGGAACUGGACCAGAGCAAGAAGCUGCUGGACCACCAGAGAGCAGAGGAGGCUAAACUGAGGAGGGUCAUCACUGAGGCCAGUGCCGAGAGAGCCAGGCAGAAGAAAGAACUUGAACAAGUCAUCAACGAGCGUGAUAUCCUGGGGACUCAAGUGAUUCGUCGCAACGACGAGCUGGCCCUGCUGUACGAAAAGAUCAAGAUCCAGCAGUCGACUCUCAACAUUGGGGAGGUCCAGUAUUCCCAGAGACAGGAGGACAUCCGCAUCCUCAAACUGGAGGUGAGAAGGAUGAGGAGAGAGAGAGCCUCGCUCUCAAAGAGCGUCUCCAACAUGGACGACCUCAGGCGAGAGUUGUACCACGUCCAGCGAGAGCUCCUGAGGGAGAGGACUCGCUGCAAGGCACUGGAAGAGGAGCUUGAGAACCCAAUGAACAUCCACCGCUGGAGAAAGCUGGAGGGAAGUGAUCCCAGCACCUAUGAGAUGGUCCAGAAGAUACACACACUACAGAGGAAACUCAUCCAGAAAACCGAAGAGGUGGUGGAGAAGGAGCUUUUGACUCAAGAGAAGGAGAAGCUGUACAUGGAACUGAAGGCCAUCCUCCAGAGACAACCCGGGCCAGAGGUGGCCGAACAGCUCCAGAUAUACCAGCAGACCCUCAAAGAGAAGACCAAGCAGAUGAAGAGCAUGGCAUCAGAGUUGAACAUGUACGAGUCACAAGUUUCCGAGUAUCGCAUGGACAUUGACAGACUCCAGAGGGAGAUGCAAGAGAUCAAGAAAAAGUACUUCCUGCAAAAGAAAAAGGAGCAGUCGCGGAUGAGGGAUCAGCCACUGGUUCUGCCUGACAUUUCACCCAAAAGGGCGGAGCUCCCUUCUUUCAAGGGAGGAGGAUUCAACUUCAAACAGACUCAGAAGGCUGUGGCAUAG